UGACACCCCAUUGUUAUCCGGUAAACCUCGACUUCCUUCAAUAAUCACGCAACCAAUUGGUAGCGGUGGCGAAGAACCAAUCUUAAAUUCACCAGAUUCGUUAUAUUGGAGUGGGCGUAAUCAAGAAACAACUGCAGAUAAUUUUAGUUCAGCUGAACAAUUUACAAUAAUGAAUCCUCCACGGGAAGAAAUACCGCCUCAGGAUCAUAUACUAUAUAUUCAAAGUUUAGGCGGUGCUAAAGCUUGGGAUUGGGAACCUGAUGACUCAUUAUUAAGACAGCAAAUCGUUUCUAUAAUGGACGAGGGUAAAGUUAUUAAAUUUAAUAAGCGAUUAGACUCUAUGGUGCAGACCAAUUAUCCAUUUUUUAUACCUCAAGUUGAGGGAGACGUAGUCUAUGAGGCUCCAUUUGGACGACCAGAAACCAUGCCGCAUCGACUAGGUCAGAUGUUACAUUAUUUUGAGAUAAUGGUCAUGGCAAAUCCGGAUCCAAGAAAUACCAUUAUCGCCAUAGGGUUGGCUACCAAGCCUUAUCCUUCUUUUAGAUUACCCGGAUGGAAUAUAUACUCCGUAGGCUUCCACUCUAAUGGAAAAAAAUAUAAUGAUGAAUUCGGUGGUCAUGAAUACCAUCAAGCGUGGGGAAAUGUCGGUGACACCAUAGGCUGUGGAUACAAUCCUGAUGCUGGGCAUGUAUUUUUCACCAAAAAUGGUCAAUUUCUUG